AUGAAACACUACGGUUCUUCCCUUCUCCUGGCACUGGUCAGUGCUACAAUCUGCGUGGACGAUGCUUCAGCCUUUGUGCCCACAAAGAUUCAAACCCAACGAACGCUUUCAUUGAAUGCCAAAGCAGAAGAAGUCGACUGCUUGGUUAUUGGAGGUGGAAUUUCUGGAAGUACUUUGGCACACAAUUUGGACCGAUCUGGAGCCAACAUCCUCUUGGCGGAAGCCCGUGAUUAUUUGGGUGGAAAUGUAAAGUCGCACAAGACCGAAGAUGGUUUCAUUUGGGAAGAAGGACCAAAUUCCUAUGCCACUCAACCCAGUAUUGUUCGAAUUGCAUGCGAAUUGGGAAUUGAAGAUCAACUUGUCUUUGCUGACGAGUCUUUACCUCCAUGGGUCAACCACAAUGGAAAGUUGCAUCCCUUGCCAAAGGGCCUUGGUGGAAAGGGGCCAAAGGGACAAUUGGAACUAGUGUUUGGACGGAAUGGUGUUUUGAAAUUUGCCCUCGUCGGAGAUCUUUUGUCUUGGCCCGGCCGCAUCCGUGCUGGAAUUGGUGCCUUUCUGGGUCAUGCUCCUCCACCGGAAGGCAAGGAAGAAACCAUUCGUGAAUGGGUCACUCGUAUUCUUGGAGAAGAAGUCUUUUUGAGAUGUAUUGAUCCCUUUGUAUCGGGUGUCUACGCUGGAAACCCUGAAACUCUUUCAAUGCAGGCCGCCCUUCCCAAAAUUAAUCGUAUCGAGCGAAUUGCUUAUUCUAUUGACUGGAACAAGUUUGGUGCCAUCUUCUACGGUGGAUUGAAGCGACAAGUCGAACUCACCAAGGAACGGAAAGCUGAUCCUCCAAACCCCGAAUGGCCCGAGUUUGAAUAUGGAAACCCUGGAUCUUUUAAGGAGGGACUCUCCACUCUACCAAAUGCAAUCGAAAAGAACCUCAAAGACAGAAUAAGGCUAGAAUGGAAGGUGACCAAGAUUGAAAGAUCUAAAUCAGGCGAGGGAUACACAGCUACCUUUGAAACACCAGACGGCAAGAAAACUGUCAAUGCCAAGACGCUUGUCUCCACCGCUCCCGCCCACGCCCUGGCCGAUGUAUUAGCCCCCAUCAUGCCCGAGAGCAAGGACAUUUUCCAAAAGAUUCGCAAGGAGGUUGACCGUAUUGGAAUCUACCACCCUCCUGUUGCUGCCGUCACCGUUGCUUACCCCAAAUCAGCCUUCAAAGAUGUCGAACUGGACAAUGGAUUUGGCAAUUUGCAAGACCUACCUGGCUUUGGAAGUUUGAAUCCUCGCACUGAAGGUGUCCGAACGCUCGGUACUUUGUGGUCUUCCUCACUAUUCCCCGGUCGAGCACCCAAGGACUACAACUUGCUUCUGAAUUACAUUGGUGGAUCUCGAGAUGUCGGAAUCAAGGAUCUAUCAGAAGAAGAAGUGAUUGCCGAAGUUGACAAGGGAUGCCGUCAAGUAUUGUUGAAGGACGAUGCUCCACCACCAAAGGUCUUGGGCAUGAAGCUAUGGCCUACUGCUAUUCCACAAUACGAAUUGGGCCAUUUGGAAUUAUUAGGCGAAUUAGAAAAGGCCGAAUCCAAGCUUCCUGGACUGUGGGUCUGCGGUAACUACCGAUCAGGAGUGGCCUUUCCCGAUUGUGUGACCUAUGGAUACGAACACGCCAAGGUUGUCAAGAGCUUUCUGGAUACCACCAGUAGCACUUCUGACGCCAAGGAGGCCGCCAAGGUUGCCUAA